CUCCUAGUCCUAGCCCCGCUGUUGAUGAGAACUAUCACAAUGCAUCUAAUAACUUGUUUGAUGUUCGAGCAUUUGGGGCCGUUGGAGAUGGAGUAACUGAUGAUACAGAGUCAUUCAAGAUGGCAUGGGACACUGCCUGCCAAAGUGAAUCAGCGGUUAAGGUUAUCCUUGUUCCCCGUGGUUUCUCCUUCAUUACUCAAUCUACUAUUUUCACAGGUCCUUGUAAAGGUGGCUUAGUACUAAAGGUUGAUGGCACUCUCAUGCCACCUGAUGGACCUGAAUCUUGGCCUAAGAACAACAGUAGGCGUCAAUGGCUUGUCUUUUAUAGAAUCAAUGGGAUGUCACUCGAAGGAAGUGGAUUAAUAGAUGGGAGAGGAGCAAAAUGGUGGGACCUCCCUUGUAAGCCUCACAAGGGGCCUCAUGGGACAACAUCUUCAGGACCUUGUGACAGCCCUGUGGCCAUUAGGUUUUUCAUGAGUUCCAACUUGACUGUACAAGGACUUAGGAUAAAGAACAGUCCCCAAUUCCACUUCAGAUUUGAUGGCUGCGAAAGCGUCCACGUGGAAUCAAUCUACAUAACAGCUCCAGCACUAAGCCCCAACACUGAUGGAAUACACAUAGAAAAUACCAAUGACGUGAAAAUAUACAAUUCGGUCAUUUCCAAUGGUGAUGACUGCGUGUCCAUUGGAGCCGGUUGCCAUGAUGUUGAUGUAAAGAACAUAACAUGUGGACCUGGUCAUGGUAUAAGCAUUGGUAGUCUGGGAAAUCACAACUCCAGAGCCUGUGUUUCAAACAUUACGGUGAGGGACUCGGUUAUAAAAGUGUCAGAUAACGGGGUUAGGAUCAAGACAUGGCAAGGUGGAUCAGGAUCAGUAUCGGGAGUGACAUUUAGUAAUAUUCACAUGGAAGGUGUAAGAAACCCGAUUAUAAUUGAUCAGUUUUACUGCCUCAGCAAGGAUUGCGCCAACAAGACCUCUGCAGUAUUUGUAUCGAAUAUAUCUUACACAAACAUAAAGGGAACAUAUGAUAUAAGGCACCCUCCCAUGCAUUUUGCUUGCAGUGACUCUGUCCCAUGCACCAACUUGACCCUCUCAGAUAUUGAGCUUCUUCCAGCUCAAGGAGACAUGGUGCUUGAUCCUUACUGCUGGAGUGCCUAUGGAAACUCUGAGACACUAACCAUUCCCCCAGUCUCUUGCUUGCUUGAAGGCCUUCCUCAGUCCAUUUCAGGCAAUGACAUAGAUCAUUGCUGA